AUGCGACACACCUUCACGAUCACGCUGUUAUCGAGCGUGUUUAAAGAAUGCCGACCACAAUGCACUCGGCUUGGACGAUCCUACUUUCUCGGCCCUGGAAUAUCCGGCACUCGGAAUCACAAUGCCAUUUCUAAACGGACGAUUUCCUUCGCAGCAAGACCAGGAGGAAUUGAUAUUCCGGCGAAAGCUCUCAAUGUCACGCAACACCCCCGUUGGAAUCACGAGAAACCCUCGGCACAAGAUAUAUUAGACCUCUCUCUCACAUUAUCCCACGGGCGCAUGAACGGCACAACCGAGCUGACUUGCACCAUCUUUGAUGCCACGGGAGCUAUCGAGACGCCCGAGACUCGCCUGACCAAGGCAGACAUCGCUCAACAGUACGGGGUGGACGGCCGCGACCUCCGGACGGCGGAUCUCGUUUCGGAAGGCGUCCCCCAUUUUGUCAUUCGCCCCUCAACCAUCUUUCUCAGUCUGUUCUCUUUGCGAUUGCUUGUACAAUCGGACCGGGUUCUCCUGAUUCGCACGGGUUCGAAGGACAGCGAACCCCGUGCCUUCCUCGAGGAAAUCUUUGUGACUGAUCUCCAGAGCAAACUGCGCGGCAAUCAAGAAUCUGGCUUCCCGGUUUAUCUUCCCUAUGAGCUCCGCGUUUUUGAGGCCGCUCUGGCCUCCGUGACUGCACACCUGGAGGCGGAGCACUCGCUGGUGUGCAAGGAGAUCGACGACAGCCUGCAAGAUCUACAAAGCGAAGAUAUCGCUUCAGCUGGACCGCGGACAUUGCUGGAGAACGGCAAGAAGCUAAUUGACAUCGAACAACGAGCCCGGCAACUGCGCACCGCGCUGCAAGAACUGCUUAGCAACGAUGAGGAUCUCGCCGCCAUGUACCUCAGCGACCAACGGGCCGGCAAACCACACGCCAUCGAAGACCACCAAGAAGUCGAAUACCUACUCGAGGCAUACUAUAAAAGCCAUGACGCGAUUAUCGAGUCUGCACGCGCAUUAAUGAUCCAAGUGCACCGCACACAAGAUGCCUUCCAGUGGACUCUCGAUGUGCGGCGCAACCAGAUUAUGGUCUUUGAGGCGCAACUGGAGAUUUGUAUGGUGGGCUUUGCGGUGUCGACCUUUGUGGCCGGUCUCUACGGCAUGAAUGUUAUCAACUAUUUGGAGGAUAGCCCUUAUGCUUUUGCGUGUCUUGUGUCGGGAUGUGCGAUGGGGACGUUGUUGUUUGUACGCUUCGGGAUGUUGACACUGCGGAAGUUCCGCAGAAUCCAGUUGUGA